GAUCCACACAAUAUUGUUGCAUUCCACAAGGCUUGUCUUGCCCUCUGUCUAAAUGGUGUCAUGGAGCCAUUCUGGAAAGACUGGGGGGAUACAUGUCCCUCCCACUUUCUCACCCCCAAUGCCCUGCACCAGUGGCACAAGUUCUAUUUUGACCAUUGUGUAUACUGGGUAAUCAAUAUCAUAGGGGGUGAGGAACUCAAU